GAGAAGAAGGCCAUAGCAUUGUGUAAUUUAAAAUACUUUCGAGGAGCAGAAAGCAAAAUAAUCACUAUGAGUUUUGGAUUACUUCAAAGCACUGUCGUCAGUACUGGUACGUCAGUAUCGCAUCACUGUCCCCUUACUUUUGUAUCUCUACAUCACUUUGACAUCUUGAGAUUAAAAAGUAGAAUUUGCAUGUUAACAAAGUUUUAGUUGCGGUGAAUAUUCGCGUGAUCGACAAUUAUUUGUGGUUUUGGUCCCAAAUUUCAGGUUAUUCUUGUUCAUUCUUAGACCGAAAUCGAACAUGCACGUUCUGUGUUGAUCUUACAGUAGCCUCUCUGUCACGAGCAGCUGAUCUAAAUAAACUGUACAAGAAAAAAUCCAAUAAACACACUCCAUACCAAAACGUACAUGCGUGAAAUGCGCAAGGUCAAACUUACGGCAGACAUUGAGAGCCGCUUGCAAAAAUUACUUCUUUCUCCUCCUCUCGUGGGUGGGUUGGAGGUUAUACUGUCUGUAUAUAUGUCAGACUGUCACGAAAAAAACAAUUGCUUCUCAUAUCUGAAAUAUUCGAGCAACACAAAGAACUAAAGAGUAAAUGAGAGUUCAAUACGCAGUACAACUAGCUAUUGCCGUCGUUGUAAUGUGCGUCGACGCUAAGACCUCAAUAACAAGCGCCAAGAUAAUCAGACAGUCGAAUUCUUCGUCAUCAGCUCUUCCAACUGCUGACGAUAACGGCAGCACCUUUGAACUUGUCCAAAGUGACGAAGAGAGGUUUUGGCUAAUUCAUUAUCCGUCGGAUCUACUGAUGUCAAGCAAUUGGUUCAUCAAUUCGGUAUCUAAGUUUUUCAAGAUGAUUCAUUACCCACCGAAUAGCCUGUUGAAAUCCUGCUUACCUCAAUUCACAAGUUGGGAAAAUUGGAUUUCAUUAACUUCCGUCAAUUCACAAGUUGGGAUAGAAUGACCGUUUACAAGUUCAAUUUUGUAUAUGAGUAUUACAAAACGACGCGUGGAAAUGCGGCAUCAAGAGAAAUGUACGAAGCACUUUCUCAACAAUCCGAUGGUCCGUCCUUGCUUGCAAUAUUGCUCCAUAAUGGACAGGACGAGCCACUCAUCAAGGACAGUUGCAAAUCUGUCGAACUAGCGCAAUUUUCGCAAUGGGCUGAAGAUGAUAGUAAAAAGCUCGAAAACAUUUUCAAUUUCUUGGCUAACGAUUAUAAUUUGAUUCGGGAAAGAAAACAUGAAAUGAUGAUUUUGGCGGAGAGAGUGGAUGUAAUCAAAAACAUCAAGCAGUCUUAUAGCGACUUUCUCAGAAAAGAAAAGUAGGCUGUUGGGCCCAUUGAUGUAGCGAAGGAUCGGUCCUGAUUUCAUUUCGCCAGGACCUACGGCUUUGAUCUUAUCGACAUCUCGUAAAUGUGAAAGCUGUCCCCCAGCCAUUUGUUUCCACAAAUCAAUUUUAAUACAUGUAUUCGUGCCUCUU